CACCGUUUCAACGCAAGCCAUAAAUCAAAAAAGGAGGGGUACGCAAUCGUGACAAGCCAGUACAAAGGGCCGCCUAUCCCACUCAUCCCACCACACCCAACCAUCCCUGAACUUCUAAUAUAUAAUCUCCCAACCCAACAACCCCUCCCUCAUCUCUCCUCUCACCAAAACUCUUCUCUUCCUCCUUAAUAACUCUCAACGAACAACUCUUCUUUGGCUUCAUUCACAUCUUGCAAAGCUACAAAUACACGCUGCGGAUCUCUCCUCUGCUUUGUCUGGCCCACUUUCUUGGCCCUUCCCCGCUGUCACACCGCUCGCAUCUUCUCUUUCUCCAUAUCCACCCCACCUGCCGUCCUGAAACUCUGAGCCUGACUCUUGCUUCCCUUCCGUCGCACAUACUCUCAAGUAUAUAGCAUAGUCAAAAUACAAAAAGAAAACCCAAAAAAGAAAACAAAGAAUCUUGCUUCGUUCCAAAGUCCGCUGCGCUCAGCUCUUUGCGUCUCGUCAUCACUUUGCACACACACAUCUAACAUACCAGAUCUGCUGGAAACCACACAGGGCUACACUUCAUAUCUGCUGUCUCCAUCCCAUAUCUCUCACAUCGCUCUUCUACUCCCUCACAAAGCUCACCAGCCACAGCCAUCCACCAUGGCAGCAACGCAAGAAGAGCUCUCCGCCCUCUUCUCCCGCACCCUCUCCUUUCAACCCCCUGCUCCCGCCCCCGCACCAAUCCACCAAACCACCCCACCGAGCGAAGCAAUCACCUACUCCAUAACGCAACACUACCACCACUCCUCGCACAUCGCCUCCCAACCCGCCCCCGCCCCGGCCCCAGCACAAACUACCGACGACCACACAACAUCCAUAAUCCUCUCCCGCCACGGCGUCGACGUCUCCUCCCUCUUCCCUUCCCAAAUCGCGCUCUUCCAAUCCGCGGAGCCGGCACAACAAAUGCGUCUCGUGGAACUCUGGCGUAUUUCCCCGCCUACAUACGGCGGACAUGCUCUAGCGGCAGAGCAGCCGGCGUGGCCGGUUACGAGCGUCGCGCAGGAGGAGGCUGCCGCGCAGGCGAGGUAUGAGCGCGCUAUGCUUGAGGAGAGGGCUGCGAGGCAUAACUCUAUGGAGGUGGGAGGUGACGACGUGAUGAGUGAUGGGGAAGUGAGUAACACCCCACUAACUCCCAUUCUCGGCGGUGGAGAUGGUCGCGGGGUUAGUGCGGUGGAGCCAUACAUGGCGUCUGGAUACGAGGCGUUAGCAGCGCGGGAGUAUGAGAUUUCGGCCCAGCAGCCGGCGAAGGAUGCGUAUUCGCAUUUUGGGACGGCGAUGGGCGGGGCGCCAACAGUGGCGUAUAGUAGGGCGACGGAUCCGGUGUAUGCGGCGGCAGGGGCGGGGUGGGCGACGAGGGGCGAGCAGGAACAGAGGGCUGCGAUGGAGGAUGCGUAUGGGGGGUUUGUGCAGAGGGGGUAUGGGGGGGUGUGUUUUGGGUAUACGGGGGAUCAGGAGAUGUUGUAG